AUGCACUUGCAGAUUGCGAGUUUGAUGACGAUUGUUCGCCAUAGUAAGGACCUCUGAACUAACAUUUUUUGUGCCAAAACUUGAAAAUUAAGUUAGACAUUACACUAGCACAUGAAAUAUCCCGUAAAAGUAAACAAUUUCAGUUGUGGUUCCUAUGAGCCGAGAUGUGUUGAUCUUGUCUGCGAAUGCCAUGUUUAUUACUACGGCCACCGCCACCACCACCAUGGUCGACGUCGUUCAGGGGGGUCAAAGAAGUCAAGGAAAAGCUCUAGAAGACACAGACAUGGACGUCGAGGGAGAGGUUCUCGAAGAAGAGGAAGACAGGGAUAAAGAUCGCUAUAGCGCGCUAUCUCUCGUAUUUUUGAAUUUUUAUUAUACUGUAUAUUAUGAUAAAUAA